AAUCAUUCAUCCCUUUCUCUGGUAAACUCUGGAACUCCCUGCCUGCUUCUGUAUUUCCACCUUCCUAUGACUUGAAUUCCUUCAAGAGGGAGGUUUCAAGACACUUAUUCAUCAAUUUUUGACCACUGCUUUGACCCUUUUAUGGGACUAGCAUUUCAGUGGGCAUAUUUUUUUAUUGGAUUUUUGUUGCCCUUGGCCAGUGUCCUUCCUACAUAAAAAAAAAAAAAAAUCAUCCACUCCUGAUCCACACACCCCAUCACCCAAGCCUUCCACUCACCCACCCCACCCAUCCAACUACCCACUCACCCAUCCAUCCACGCAUCCACACACCAAUUCACCCACCCACACAACCACACAUUACUUGUAUUCUUUCUCGCUAGCCAGGAACGAGUCCAUAACCGUUUCUUCUUUUAAGAACAUAAGAAAUAAGGGAAGCAGCAAGAAGCUUCCGUGUAAGAAGGCUUACACGUGGUAGUCCCUGUAUGAAAUAUACCUACCUAUUUUCACCUAUCAUCCCCAUCCAUAAACCCGUCUAAUCUCUUAAAGCUCCCUAAUGUCUUUUAGCACUAACAUGAUUACUGAGUCCGUUCCACUCAUCUAUUUCUACUCAUCUAUUUGAGAACCAAUUUCUUCCUAUCUCUUUCUUAAACCUAAAUUUUUCAAGCUUGAACCCGUUAUUUCUUGUUCUAUCCUGGUUGCUGAUCCUAAGAAUUUUGCUUACAUCCUCCUUAAUUAUACCUUAAAGAUUUCUAUCAGGUCCCCUUCUUCAACCAGAACAAAAUCACAUCCACAGCUCUUGAUAACCCGGCUAAUCAUCUAUGUGGCCUUUGGAAAUGGCCAUGAUGAGAGGGGAAAACGUUUCUGAGUACUGGCCUAAGCGUUGCGUCAUCCCUAUUAUGUUAGGAGACAUCCGGUUGAGGUUGUUGUUGCCAGUGAUGUCAGCAGUCUGGCCCCGCCCACUCCCCACUCCCCAGUCCCCAACCGGACGCGUGACACACACUAGCCGCAGGGGAUUAGUGAAGAAUAGUGUUGGCGUGUUUAGCAGGGAGAGGCAGUGUGGUGUGAGGAGGGCCAGACCAACAGUGAGAGAGACGUGAAGAAGAGUGACAGUGAGUAAGAUGAGUCAGAAAACUCCCGAAAGGCCUCCCCCUCCCCGCCCUGAACCUCCCACUACCCUGGAGGGCGGUGCCACCCCACAGGAGCAGUUUGAGAAUGCUUACCGAGAGGCCUACCUGUUGAUUGACCGAGGCAUCAUCCUCAUCACUGAGGGACACAAUGCCCAGGCUAGUGUGGUGCUGCAAAAGGGCCUCAGUCUCAUUGACAAGGCACUCACCAUCAAGGUGGAGUCCUUUGACUGCAGUGCAGAAAAAACACAACAUUAUGUAGAGAUGCAGACCAAGAUGAGGUGCACCAGGAAAGAGGUUCUUGAACACUUCUCUGAUACACAAGCUUCUUCAGGGGGCACAUCAAGCAGGCAGCAGGUGGAAGAUGCUCCUCCCUCCUAUGAUGACUAUCUCAAGUCUCUGGAAUCAGGAACAUCAGAGAGCAAUGUGUCAGCAGCAACAGCAGCAGCAGCAACAGCAGGCACAAUUGACAGUCCUUCGUACCCCAACCUGUCCUCGGAGUUUGAGAUGGUGGACAGCUCUCCUCUGGUGACACCAGUGGUUGCUGCCCAGCAGGGGGAGAUGAUCUUCAAUGUGGAGAAUGGUGUGCAGAUCUUUUUCAUCCUUCCAGAUGGUACAGUCACCAGCCCCUCAUAUCCAUCCUUCCUGGCCAUCUUCACAUUUCCUGAGCCCAUCAAGGGAGCACCAGGAGCAGGAGCCAAUGCCCGGGGCUUCCUGCAGGUUGGGGAAUGGAGUUACCCAUUGGUGCCAGCUCAAAGCCCUGUCCUCCACUCCUUCUAUGGGGCCUACAUGUUCCCAAACCUCUCCACUAGUGUAGCAGGUUCCAGUGUGGGUGUGAUCCUCCCAGAUUCAGUGGACAAAGACAAUCGAGACUUAUUUGAGCAGAUCCUGACGCAGCUAACAUCGUACCAGGAGCAGGCAGCACCGCCAGGAGAGGAAGGUGCCCGCCAGGUCAGGCUCAUUCAGGAAUCGACGUCGGAGCGCAUUGCUGCAGGUUUGGUUACAGGAGCAGAGGCAGUGUCAAAGGGAGUGGUGUGGGGGGCAAGCAAGCUAAGUGAUCUGAUCUCCUAUGGUUCAGAGAGCUUGAAGGACUAUGUGCAGCCCAUGGCAGAGAAGAAAGAAGUUGAUCCCAAGUGGCACAAGACGGCAGAAGUGGCAAGAGAUAUUUCUGGCAAGGCAGUGAAAGUCAGUGGUUACUUGUUGAGCCAAGUAGGCAAAGCGACCAUGACACUGGGACGUAAACUUGCACCUCACCUUCAGAAGCAGGGCACCAGAGCCAUCACCCAUAUCACAGGACAGAAGGAGAGUGAAGCCAGCAGCAAUGUAGAAGGUGUGCUAGAGGUGGCAGCAGGAGCAGUGAAAGGAGCCUCUACAAUCUACAUGGGUCUUGAGUCAGCUGCUACCACUCUGGCCACCAGUCUCACUGACAACACAGUCAAAGUUGUCACUCACAAGUAUGGAGAAGAUGUUGGUGCACUGACUGACAACACCCUGUAUGCAGUGGGUCAGACAGCCUGGGCUGGCCACAACAUUGCCUCUCUUGGAGUGAAAGGUGUGGCCAAGCGAGUUGCCAAAGACACUGGCACAGCCCUUGUUCUACAGCAUGAGGAAAAGAAGGCAUCUACACAGGAAGUGGAGGAGGCUGAAGAAGCAAUGGAAGAUGAUGAAAAGGAUGACACUAAAGAACAUCCUGUUAGGCCUAUCAGGGAGAAAAAGAAGCCUCCAUUGUGAGGUGGCAAGGUAUUUGAAGCCUGUCAUAAUGCCUGAUACCCACCACAUGAACUUCCUUCUGUGGUGUCAAAUACAUACCAUUACCUGACACUUUAAAUUCUCCUGUGGAUGUAAUCUGGAGCCAGUGGGCAAUAUGUAAAAUGAAAAGUUACUAUUAUAAGAUUUUAAAAUAUCAUAGUAGAAAAGGAGGCAUGAGGAGAUGUAAGAGUCAAAAGGAUAAUGAAAUAGUUGACUAUAUGAGAGGAUAUGCAAAGGGAAUGGGAAGAAGGGAGGCAGGAAAUUAAAUUGAAUUAAUCACUUGAAGAAGAUCACUGGUUCAGUUCCUUAACUGAGGAACUGAAGCACAUCAGUAUUGACAGAAUAUUCAGUUUAGUAUUACUUAGAAGCCUCACCAUACACAAUGAGAGCUCGUUGAGCAGUGUUCGAGUAGGUACAGCAUCCUAGUUUUGCAAUGUUAGCUUCCUUUCACAAUCUGCCUCACCACACUGCUGUGUAGUCAAAUUAAUUACACAUCCUACAGCUGACCAGUACUGCAGCAUUGCUGUGGAAUGCAGCAUAUUAAAACAGUGGGAAAAAUUUUAAUAAUUAUUGGGUUCUUUAACCAAUGGAGUUUCCUACUUUCAUUUUAUGUGCCAGUAGCUCAUAGUAAGUUGCUUUGAUAAAGAGAAAGAUUAUCAAAACUUAAAGAAUACCAGUAACAUAAAAUACAAACUGUAAAACAUAGACCUCAGAACACUUGAUGAGAUUAAUAUAUUGUAUCAAUUCUAAAAAAAAUAUGAAUAAAGAAGAUUAAUGAGAUGCAUCAGUGAAUGUUAUUACAAAAGGAAACUUCUGAUCUAUUGGACAUACAGCUGAUUGUGAAAAUUGAUACUAUUUCAGAUACAUUAUCAACACUAUGUUACCAAAAACAUUUCAUCCAGUAAGAGACAGUCUUUAUAUGUUUAGUGAUGCUGAAUUCAGAAAAUGGUAUUGAUGCAGUCAUGCAAAGAUUUUAAUGUGUGACAGAAUGACUAGAGAUGAAAUAGCUGUUUGAUUUUGCUGAGCAAAGGCACCCCAAAUGUACAUUUCUUUCCUUAUAGGCUCCUAAAGAAAAGAAUCUGUAACGAAAUAUUUUUCAUUGUGGCAACAAAUGCUCUCCACUGUGUUGUGUGAACCCAUGGGAUGCAUGUGCCCUGUUAUUGGAUGACUGUUUGAACACACUUGGGACUGUACUGUGAGGUGUUAAUUUGAGGGAUCAAAAUAUGUAAGAUGCAUGACUGUUUGCAAUAGCAUUGAAAAAGAAUUUCAUGCAAAAAUGUUUAGAUAUAUUUGAAGAGACAAUUUAGUAUGUUUGUAUAACUGAAACAUGAUACGGAAAGAUAAUCCAACAAUUGUUCAAGGAUCAGAUAUUAUCAAGUAUCCAUAAAAACUUGGAAACCUGAAAAAGAAAACUUGCAAACAAAUCUUGAACAUGUAUCUCAUAGUGGUGUACAAGACCAGCCUCGUCCUUAAGCUGUUGUGUAGUCACCCGUUUUCUCUGUCACUGCUUGGUUGAGUUCACACAUAAAUGUAACUGCUUGUUGUUUAUCUAGAUAUCCACCAUAUUAUCCCUCGGAGAUUAAAGCAAGGUACACUUCAUCUGAUCUGAAACACAAAUUGAAUACAGGUUGCAAGCUGGAGCUAGUAAUAGGCAAGUGAAGUUACUGGAUAUUUACUUCAUGUUUUACAAAACAUCUGAAGACAGAACACUUCUAAUGUGUAAACAUCUAUCUUAAAUAUAUUUUGUGAGUAAACAUACUGAUGUUAUGUACCAUCAUUCUAAUAAUAUCACUUAGCUAAUCAAAGAAGCUGCAACUCUGCAAAAUGAUUGUAAUGUUUUUUUUGGCCACAGUUCAGUUUAGCAGUUAUAACUAAGUCAAUAGUUUCAGACUAGAAAACAAGGAUGGAAUAAAUCCCUUGCAAUCCAGACAUGUUCAGACUGGAAACUGGCUUUGACUUGCCAAACAUUCUGGAUUACAUCCACCUAACAGAGACUAAGUUCAUGUUAGCAAGUCCAGAUGUACUGCAGCUCACCUUCAUUCUUUAAGCAGAUGAAUAACAUACUCCAGUAAAAAUUAUAUUUAUUGUACUAAUAUUGAAAAAAAAAAGACAACACUUCUACACAUUUCCAGUUUGCCUUCAUCAAUGUCCUGACACAUCAGAGAUUUAGCACAAUGCCUGAUAUUUUCAUUCUCUAUUACCAAACUUAAAAAUGCUUCAUUGUUCACAGUUUCUCUCUCUCUCUCUCUCUCUCUCUCUCUCUCUCUCUCUCUCUCUCUCUCUCUCUCUCUCUCUCUCUCUCUCUCUCUCUCUCUCUCUCUCUCUCUCUCUCUCUCCAUGUUUCUGUCAUUUUAACACUAACACAGAGGAAGUAAUACUAUUCAUGUGACACUAGUUUGUUGAACUACAUACAAUAAUCUUAUUUUUGUAUGUUUUUAGUGCAAGACAGAACAAACUCAAAAUAAGAUAACAUCAAGACCCAAGGAUGUGAAGCCUUUAGGUCAGUAAGGCAUUCAACCACAUAGACAAAACCUCUGCAUUGGUCCUUCCUUUAUGAUGUGACUAAGCAUUGAUACACAGUACCAGCUUAAGACUAGUUCCUUGUUAAUCAUUGUGGUUGAAUUCUUUACAUUUUAUUGUUUGCACCAAAACAACACCAUGCAUAAGUCAGGUGGGAAAGUGCCUAGAGGAACAUUACAUUUAUCUCUGUGCAUGAGAAUCAAGACUCAAGUAUUGUACUACAUAGGAUAAGUGUCCAUGCAGACAUGUUUGUGUUUCCUUAUGUAUCCUUGAUCACUGUCCCUGUAUUACCAAGAUGAACUUGCAUUUUCCCUUUUUUUUUUUUUUUUUUUUUUUUUUUUUUUUUUUUUUUUUAAGAAUUAUAGUAAAUCAUGGAAUUCAUGUAUAUGUACUCAAGUAUGUAUUAUGAUCUGAUACUUUUGGCAAGUUUUUUGUUUUUGUUGAUUUGUUUUCAUAUCCUCCAGUUCCAUGUUCACACACAAAGCUGCUGAAUGCAGCAGAGAUCCUGCAUCCACAAAAUCAUACUCAUUAUGCAUUGUAAUUAUCAAUAAAUAUUGUAUUGUAUGCUUUAAAAGUAAGGAAAUCCUAUUUUUAUCUAGAUGAAAAUAUUUAGAAUUAUUAAAGUUAUAUAGUGAGCCUGUGCUUUGAUAAAUAAAAGUUAACAAGCA